AGAUGGCGUAAUCGUCGUAAACAGAUAACGAGCGUUCUUCUAACUAAACAGUCGUUGCUAACCUCUAACGAAGAAAAAUUUUGUAAGGAAACAUCAAUUCAAGUUAUUUAUUUAAUAUCAUUUGUAUUUUAAUAAGUGAAAUAAAAUGUUGAACAUUGGAGGAAGAUUGACAAGAAUAAUUGUUCGAAGUUAUGCUACGAAAUCCAAUGAAAUUGGAAAUCUUGUUAAAAAAAAUAAAGUUGUUGUCUUUAUGAAAGGCGUACCGGAAGAACCAAGAUGUGGUUUUAGUAAUGCUGUAGUUCAAAUAUUUAGAAUGCAUGGUGUUACGUAUGAUGCUCAUGAUGUUCUUCAAGAUGAAGAUCUUAGACAAGGUAUUAAAGAAUACUCAAAGUGGCCAACAAUACCGCAGGUAUUUAUCAAUGGAGAUUUUGUUGGUGGUUGCGAUAUUUUAUUAGAAAUGCAUAAAAAUGGUGAACUAGUUGAAGAAUUGAAGAAAGUAGGUAUUAAAAGUGCCUUGUUGGAGAAAGAAGAUGCUUCUCAAAAUGAAGCUACCAAAUCUAAAGAGUAAAAAAAAAAAAAACACCAAUCUGAUCAUCUAUUUAUUGUAAAUAAGAUCGAUCUUGCGUCAGUUAUAGUUGUUGUGCGAAAAAAGGAUGGAAAAAAAACAGGAUGUGAAUUUGAAUUUUUGUAUAUAAAAAAAAA